AUGAGUUACGGCUACGGCUACGACUAUUACCCUGGCCCCGGUGGUAGGACACAAAUUGAUUGGAGCAAUGUACAGUUUUCCAAUUUCUCGAACGUUCAAUACUCAAGACCCGAGUUUUCAGAUGCGGAGGAUGAUGCUGAGAAUCAAUACCAAGGCGGAGAUGGGUACACACAACCACUCACAAGAGUGCCUUCAUCACCACUAUCAAAGAAGGAUAAGAAGAAGUUGAAGAAGCAGGAGAAGGCGGCGGCAGCACAAGCCGCCUUUAUCCCACCUCCACCCCCAUCACAAGAACCUCCAGCACCUCCAGUACAAGAUGAGCCUCCACCAUCCCCAUCCUCUAGUAAGAAGAAGAGCAAGAAGAGUAAGAAGAAAGACAAAGACAAAGAGUCAAAGUCCCUGCCACCAGCUCCUUUAGUACCAGUUCUCCCACCUCCAACUGCUGAGGAAAGCAAGGAGCCGGAGAAGGUAGAAGAAGUGAAGGAGGCAGAGACAAAGACUGACGAACCUGAACCGGCCGGAACACAGGACAAAGCCGAUACUGAGGAUGCACCAGCCGCGGAGGACAAGGCUACUGAUGAAGAGAUACCCAAAGCCGAGACAGUGCCCAAGGAGGACGGGCCAACUGAAGACACCAAAGAUGACGAAACUCACAAGGAGGUAGCACCCGUUGAAGAGACAUCUGUAGAGGAAGAUGCACCUUCGAACGAGACGCCCACUACCGAAGCGGGCAAGGAGACUACUGAAGAGCCAGCUCCAGCUCAAGACGACACAACUGACAAGGGGGAUGCACCCCAAGACGAAGCUACCCCAGACGAUAAGCCUACAGACGACGCACCUAAGGAAGAAACUGCCUCAGAUGAGCAACCUGUGGAGGAAACCCCUGCGGCAGAAGCACCUUCAGUCGACGAACCUACAGAGACUCCAGUGGUAGAGGAGACAUCAUCCAAAGAUAAUGAUGCACCUAUUGCAAAGGAGAUGCCCGCUGGCGAAGAGUCUCUUUCAACGGGUGAGAAGGCAGCUGAGCCAGAGCAAGCUGAGACUUCAGAAAAGGUGGAUGAUGGUGAUGAUGGGCCUGCAGUUGCUGCUGAAGUCAAAUCUCCGAGCAAGGCUCAGAAGAAGAAGAAGGACAAGGAGAAGGAGAAGGAGAAGGAGAAGAAAGAGAAGGAAAAGAAGGAGAAAGAGGAGAAGGACAGGAAGAAAGCAGCUGCAAAGGCCGAUAAGUCUCACCAUCACAAAUCAAAACACUCACAUUCUUCAUCAAAGGAGAGUGGCUCAUCCAAGGACAAGGCCCUCAGCCCACCGCCUGUUGCUGAGGACAAACCAGAAGAGGUGACCGCACCGGCUGAACUUGUCGCCGAGGACGUCAAAGCUACUGAACCUGAAGUAGAGGCUCAGCCAGCGGAAAAGACGUCGGCUCCUCCGGAAGAGCCAGCACCGUCGAAGGAAGAGGAGCAUUCGGAAGAGCCAAAGCCUAUCGAAGAGACUAAGGCCGUCGAGUCAGAACCUACCGAAGAGCCGAAGACUGUGGAGGAGCCCUCAUCGGAGGAAGUGAAACCUGUAGAGGAUCCAAAGCUGGCCGAGGAGUCAAAGCCUUCAGAAGAGACAGAUCCUGUCGAAGAGCCAGAGCCUACCGAAAGGGCAGAGCCCACCCAAGAGGUAAUGACUGAGGAGGAUCCCGUGGCAGAAGGUGUGAAAUCCGCAGAAGAACCGAGCACUGUAGAGGAAUCCCCAGCGAGCGACAAGCCCGACGAAGCCGAAGCUGAGCCCAAGCCUACGGAAGAGACAGGACCUCCGUCAGAACCUCCAGCUCCAACUCCAACCGACGAACCUGACUCAACAAACGAAGCCCCGGCUGAGGAGAAACAAACAGAAGAGCCCCUACCUGCGCCUGUCGUAGCGGAGCCGUCACCCGAGACUGCUGAGGCAGAGGAUGACAGCAAAGCACCCCAAGCUGCGGAAGAACCCCAAGCUGUGGAAGAGCCCCAAUCUGCAGAUGACUCCAAACUCGAGGUAGGCAAAGUCUUGGUAGCGGAUGAAGCGUCUUCCUCGGAACCCGCACCAGAACCCGAGAAGGAGCCUGAAAACGAAGCCCCUGCAGCUGGAGAGGAGGAGAAGGCGUCUGGAAAAGACAACGAAGACUCCCCUGAGUCGGAGAACAAGUUGGAGUCGGCAGACGAAACCCCUGCGUCGACGGAGAACUUUAAUGCCACCGAGAAUGUACCCUCCAAGGAUGCGGAAGGCGAAUCAGAAUCCAAGCCAGUCGCAGACGAGGCCCCAUCAACUUCAGAAGACCCCAUUCCCUCUGAAGAUAAGGCCGAUGAGAAGAAAUCUGCCGAAGUUGAGGAAUCUAGCGAACCCGAGAAAACAGAUGCCGAAGUCAAGGACAACGCUGAUGUAACCGCACCCCCUGACGUCGAGGACAAAGGCGCGGAAGAUGAGGCACCAGCUGUCCUCCCCGACGAGAAAGAUUCCGCCAACGACAAGGAGUCAUCUUCUACAGAAAAAGCCGACGAUGCGCCAGCCGUGAAAGAAACAGCAGUUCCAGACGAGCAGCCUUCAGAAACAGAUAAGGUAGCUGGCGAUGAGACAGCUGGUGAACAGGAACCGAAGUCGGCGACAGAACCACUAAAGGAAGACGCUACUCUCGAGGAAGAGGUUCCUAAGGAAGAAGCUCACAUGGAAGAAGCUCCCAAGGAAGAAGCUCCCAAGGAAGAAGCUCCCAAGGAAGAAGCUCCCAAGGAAGAAGCUCCCAAGGAAGAAGCCCCUCCAACGGAGGCCACUCAGGCAGAAGAUAUGACCGCUUCAACAGCAAAGAAGAAUAAGAAGAAAAAGAAGAAGAAGGGCAGCAAAAGUGGCAUCGAAACACCCCAACUCAGGGCGGAAACCGAGCCAGUAGUUGUUGCUACUGAUCAGGCGACAGCCGAAGUCACGUCCGAGCCCGCUGCCGAAUCUGAAGCAGUUAAACCAGAAGUUACUGCUGAGCCUGAAGCUACUGAGCCUGCUGUCGAGCUUACUGCCGAAGCUACUACUGAGCCUGAAGUUGCUGCUGAAACUGCCACAGAGCCUGCCGCUGAAGCUGCUGCUGAGCCUGCUACCGAAUCUGAAGCAGUUAAGCCCGAUGCUACCGCUGAUAAGCUGGUCAUUGAAGCUGCCGCUGAGCCUGAAGCUAUUGCCGAGCCUGAGCCUGAGCCUACUGUCAACCCUGCUGCUGAAGCUACUACUGAGCCUGAAGUUGCUGCUGAUCCUGUCGCUGAAUCUGAAGCAGUUAAGCCAGAAGUUGCUGCCGAGCAUGAAGCUUCCGAGCCUGCUGCUAAACCUGAAGCUACUGCUGAGCCUGAAGUUGCUGCUGAGCCCGAAGUUGCCGCUGAAGCUACUAAGCCUGAGCCUGCUGCGGAACCAGAAGUUGCUGUCGAGCCCGAAGUUGCUGCUGAGCCUGAGCCUCAGCCUGCCGUCGAGCCGGCUGCCGACCAUCAAUCUGUCAAGCCCGUUGAAACCCCUGCAGAUGAACCUGCCACUGAGCCUGCUUCCAAGCCUGCUGCUACUGAAUGUGAACCUCUGGUCGAAUCUGAGGCAGACGAGCCCGAAGUUGGUGAAAAGGCUGGCUCCGAUGAGCCAACCUCGGAUCCUGAAGCUAUUGUUGAGCCGGUUGAAAAGUCAACCCCCGAAACUGCGGCGAAGGAGCCAGUCGACGAGCCGGAAGCUGUCGACAAGUCUCGUCUCCAUGAACCAACCCCCAAACCCGAGACAGCUGCUAACCCCGGAUCUGAUGUGGAAGAUACCUCCGAUGAAUCAUCCGAGGACGAGCUUACGCCUGAUCCUCCCAAAACUGAGUCUCCUACUGUUCAAUUUGAGCCCACAACCGAACCAGUUGUGAAGUCCACGCCAGCCUCCGGGCCCGCCGAUAUUUCUGAGACAGACUCUGAUGAUUCUGCCUCUGAGCCAGACCUUGAUGAACCUUUUACAACGACUGAGCCACCCAAAGCUACUGAGGAGGCUCCCGAGCCAGUCCCAGUCCCUGAUAAGCCAGCCGCCAAUACCGAGGUUACCGCUGAACCGGCAGAAGAAUCUACACCUGAAUCCGAAUCCGAAUCCGAGUCUGAAUCCGAGUCUGAGUCUGAAGCUGCUCCUGAAAUGGUGAAAGAUACUGCCGAGGCUGUUACCAAGACAGAACGAAACUUGGAGUCUGAAAACGUGUCUACGUCCAAAGUCGAUCUUUCUCCUGCACAUGAGGACUCAUCCGACGACGAAUCAAACACUGAGCCAGACAAUAUUACUCUCGCAGAGAAUGGUGAUAACAAAGAGUCUGACAGUUCAGAAGACAAAUCGACUGAACUUGCUACGACUGCUGAUACCACUGUGAAUCCUGCUGAGCCACCGACAGAGGAAGUUCCAGAGGUAGCCAAGGAAGAGGCGUCACUGUUGGAAGAGAAGGACAACUCCGAAGAGGCUCCAAAAGAGCCCAAAGUACCUGAUCUAGCCGUGGAGCCUCAGCAGGAAGACACUACGAAGGGACCCGAACUGAAACCCGCCGCCACUGAGGAUAAAGACAACACAGUGGUGACGGAGAUGAGCGAGUCAGAAGCUACAUCUGACAGUGAAGACGACGAAGACAGCGCUUCCGAUUCUGAACACCCUCAAACAGAGAACACUGCAGCUGCAGGAACGGAGUUGCCUGUCGAGACUGCAAAACAAGAACCAGUAACUACCGCGAAGGAUGAAACUGCACUCACAGAGCCAUGUGUCGAGCAGAAGGAUGAGCCCUCGUCUCCUGAGGCUACUGCCGAAACUGUUGAUACACUUGCCGCCCCUGACAAUGGAGAAGUCGAGAAAUCGCCAACAACAACGACCCAUGCUAUCGAAGCAGAGGGACCGACUGGUUCUGUCGACAAGACGGAGCCAGGAUCCACAGGAGAGCUGGCUGAUUUACCUCAGGUGAUGCCAGAAUCUACGGAUGAGAAUGUAGCCGCAGUAGAAACAGGAUCUGCUGAGGUAGCUGCCCCUAACGAUACUGAUCUUGAACCCAGUGCCAGUGAAACUGCUGCGUCUACUACGGAAAAGGUUGGCGAUACAGAGGCACCAGAGCAGUCUGCCACGCCGGGAGAUGAUUCACCAGUGGACAAUGACAACACCUCCCAAGUUUCUGAUGCUUCCGAUACAGAUGAGGCAAAGCCCAAGGCCAAUAGCGACGUAAACAAGGAAGUAGCUGUCAACGCCGAGGCAGCCGUGCCGGAGUCUAUCGACGAGGUGGUGCAGGACAAAGCCGUACUCAACGACGAAACAACCAAGGAAGGCGAGAAAGAUGACAAACUUUCACUCGAAGAUGAAGCUGAAGAGGCGAAAGAGUCGAUCACCUCUGAAGCAGAUGACAACAAACCAGACGAAAGCCCUCCUGUUCCUGUGGCGGCAACGACAGCGCCAGAUGAACCUGCCGUUGAGGACGAAGAUAAGCAACCUGUCGAAGAGGCGACAAGUCUGGAAGAGAAACCAGAGAACGAACCGUCACCCUCGGAAGACAAGUCAGCGGACGCGGUGCCUACCUCGGAAGACAAAGGAUCGGACGUGUUACAGCCUGUGCAACAGCCAGCCAAAGACCCUAGCCCUUCUGAAGAAGCUCCUAUUGAUGAAGUUCCUGCAGUUGAUGACAAGGAAGAGACAACGGACGAGUCUUUACCUGGCAAGCCAGAGGAAGUAGGAGAUCCGGUGUCGGAAGAGAAACCAGUUGUUGAAACACCUGUAGUCCCCGAAGAUUCACAGGAAGUUGCUGAAUCUUCCGAGGAGAAGCCAACAGUAGCAGAGGUGACGGCAGAGACCAGCGAAAAGCUCGAGGAUGGCACAACAGAUCCUAAGGAGAACACGGAGGAAGUGCUUCCAGCGACUGAUGAUUUGGGAGAAGACAAGGCUUCAAGCGCUGUACCUGAUGUCACAGUCGAGCCUGACAACAAACCCGAAGAAGCAGCUCAGCUUGACGAGCCAAAACAAACGGUCGAGCCUACUGAUGAGAAAUCGGCUAUCGAAGCUCCUGCACCCCAAGACGAUCAACCCAAGGAAGUGGACAUCACCGCCGACAAGGAGUCGAAUGCAGAGCCGCCAACAACCGAAGACAAGCCAGAGGAAGUCACUGAGGCAUCUAACGACGAGCCCAAAGAGGUGGAUAUCCAGGAUGUCGCACCGGCAGACGAAACCCCUGCACCUGAUGUUUCGAAGGAAGUCGAGGUUUCUGAAGCCGAGCCAGCUGUGGAGGUUCCGCCACAAGACAACGACUUAGAUACAGGGGCAAAGGUUGAGCCAGCCGAUGAGAAACCGGUGCCUGAGGUGAAAAUGGCCGAGGAAGAACUGAUAGCUCAAGCCCAAGAAGAACCAAAGGGAGAUUCCGAACCGGCUGACAAGAUUCCAGAAGAGGAGGACAAGCCUGUCGAAGAGGAGCACAUUGAGACUCCUGCAGCCUCUGACGAUAAGGCAGGUGAAGAUACCAAACCAACGGAAGAGCCACCCGCCCCUACGCCCGGAGCCGAAGAUGAGCUCAACCAGCCACCACCCGCUGCUGUACAGGAAGAAUCCAAGGAAGUCGCUGCAGCCGACGAAGCUACGGAAGAGGCAGAGGCACCCGCCACAGAAGUCAUACCUACUUCCGAGGAGCCUCCGGCCGGUGAUGCAGUCUCUACUGACGACAAGGCAGCUGAUGACUCCAAGGACCUUGAAGAAGUCGUGACACCAACAGCUCAGGAACCUUCUCCGCCAGAAGGGGAGGGAGAAGUGAAACCCGCAGAAGAAGCAGCAGCCCCGGAUCCCGAGGACACCACUGCCAAACCCGUUGAUGACUCUGCUGAUGCACCUCCUGCUGAAGCAGAAAAGAAAGAAGACGAGCCAACCAAAGCCACUACCGAGGAAGAUACGAGGGCGAAAGAAGAUGAAGAAAGCAAGGACACUCUCGGACCAAUUCCAAGGACUAAGAGGCCGGUCAAGAAAGGUGAGGAAAAUGGUUUACUACAAAAUAUUUCUUUUGAUUUUACACAAGAGUCGGGGAGUUCCAUGGAGUUGCUUUCCGACGAUACCCAGAAACUUCAACAAACACAAGGCUACGAGGAGAACACAGAACUCGAAAGAACCGCUCAUCACCCGAGCCAGUCGUCAGCGACUGAAGUACCGGGUGAACAGAAUAACCAGACUGUUACAGAAACCACGAUGCCAGGACUACAAGAGAAGAUCGCUACAGAAGCGGAUCAAAAACCUACAACUCUGGAAUCUGUGGAAAGUGCAGAAGAUCUUGAUCUACCUGGUAGCGAUCUGGUCGAGAACGAGAACCCCCCAGCCACCAGCACCAGCACCAGCACCAGCACCAGCACCAGCAGCGCUAGAGCCCCCACAACACGCGCUCCACAGGAACAGGGGACUCCGGACCAAUCAGCAGACAUCAUCAGGGAAACUGUCGCUGAGGACUCAACUGCUACUGCAACUCCCCAGCCUCUGCAGUUGGAGACUGAGACACUUGCCGGGGACCGAGAGCCAGAGUCUGAGCCAUCUUACAAUACUCAUGAUGGCAAUGAGAAGUCUGAUAGAAUGGAAUCAGAUUUGCCAGCCACAUAUGCUCGUAGCACAUCUUCAGCCUCGGCUUCGGCAAUUUCUGAUGAUGAUUCAGAAACUUCAGCGCCUUCGCACAUAGCAGCUGAGAAAUCCCGAAUACAUCCUCUCGACGACAGAGACAGCAUCAGCCACGUCGAACCAGAUACCAACAAGUCAUCGUCAGGCCUAUUACAACCUAUCGAUACACUGGAAAUCGCCCAUCAACCCAGGAUUCUGGAAACCGACUUCGGCAACGUACUGCCGACUUCUCGAGAACUGCCUCAGGAGUCUCAGGCGAGCCUCAUAGGACCCAAUGGAGAGGAAGCAGAUUCCAACCUCUCGGAUGAUGAAUCCAUUGAUGAUGAUGAGGAUGAAAAGUCGGAAUCGGAGGAGCUAUCGCGGAGAUCUCAGGCCCCAAGCCAUACUCAAAAUCUGGAACAGCUGCAGGCCACAGAGCCAGCCAAAACUCAAGAAAUCGACACGAUUGUGGAUGAUGCCCCCAAGCAUGAGGGCUUUGGCCAAACGAGAGAAGCUGUUCUCGAUGAACAAAAGAGUGAUAUUGCCUCCAACGUCAGUUCACUAGAUGAUUCUGAAGAUGAUGGCCAUCAAGCGUCCAAGUCUAUCAUGGACAGAUCCUCUCCUGCAGCCGCCAGAACUGCCGGUUCUUAUGAGAAAAGUUUCCAAGAUGCCAACUCGGAUGACGAUACAGACGAUGAUGUCAGCAAGAUUGACCAGCAGAGUGCAUCCUCACGACGCUCUUCAAUCAACCACUCAUCUGAACUUGCUACUAAACGGGAUCUAAAGGUUCAGGAAGACGACACUUCUUCCCAAUUACGUGGGCCUGCUCCAAAACAAGACGAACUUCCUGGAAUUGUUGGCGAGUCUAGUCAAGUCAACGAUACCGACUCUGAGGAUGAUUCAGACGACGAACAAUCUGAAGCUGACCCCGAAGUUGCGACAGCAAGCGACCUUCAGAAACCAGGUGAUUCGAACCAGGAGUUGAAUCGAAGUGUUGCCUACGGACACGCUCCACUAGCUGAAGCUGUAUCGACGGCUAUUGAUGAAGACGAUUCUGCGUCAGAUAAAGACAAUGAAUCGGACUCCGAGCAUGCUUCAGACGGGCCAAGUCUCCCAAACAGCAGCAGAUCUUUGCGUCCCCUGCAAGCUGGAGCAUCCGAGGUAGCUCUUGAGGACAGCGAUGAUGAUGCCGACAACGACGAUCUAUCCAUUGCAGAUCAAGGUCAAACUAUGAACGGAGGGGACUCGACUGCCCCGGAGCCAACUUUUACUUCAAAGGCUUCUGACACCGACCAUCGAUCUCAACUAAGUGACGAAACCCCAAAUGUUCCGCUUGAGUCUCCUGCACCCGCUUCACCGGUUGCACACCAAACAAAGCUCCCAGAAAUGGUGGAGUACGGCGCAGCUGAAACUGAGGAGCUUGAUCUAUCUGACUCUGCUUCGUCCAUGUCCGAGGAAUCAGGUGUAUUAGGGAAGGAAAUCUCAGAUCUUCAGCCUCAAUCAUUCCCCCCAAAUCCUGAGCUAUUGCACUCUACACCGGGGGCUGUUUUGCCGGAACAUCCACCCCAUACACAAAAUGAAGCCACCAUAGCACCUGAAGUAUUUGAUGCUAUAUCUAGGUCUUCGUCACCUGAAGUUGCAGUGGAGAAACAGCUCCAUGAGGCGCCAGCCCCUAUUACAUUGCAGAAGCUGUCUGAUUCAGAGAGCGAAUCUGAGGCCGACGAAGAGAACGAGUUUCAAGUCCGAGCUCCAUCCCCACAUUCUAUCGUCCUCGAAGAAGACCAUGAAUCGGAUUCUGAUGCUGACGAUGAAUCGGAACACAAUGAGCCGAAAACUUCUGUACUCCCGAAAGCCCCGACACCUGAUAUCGGGCCUGAGCAAUUGGCAGUGCCUGGUGUCCUUGGAGAUGAUGAAUCGUUGCAAAAGGAGUCGGAAGAUGAAGCCUCAGAAGUGCCUGACGCCGAAGUCGAUGUUAGAGGUGGACACGCUGCUGGCUUUGCAGAAAACGAUGUGGACCAGAAACAUGCAGAAGAAAUUGCAACUGUGUCUGACGACGAAAGCGAUGACGAUACUCAUGUUUCCAGAGAUGUCUCUCCGAUUGGCAUCGGCAGGAUUGUAGCACCGCGCAAUUUCGAGCAAUCGACUUCGGCACAGACAACUCAAGGUCCUGGGUGGAGCGAAGACAACUCUGAGGAUGAACAACCAAUGCAUGACGCCAAGGGCGAAGGACUAUCAGCCGUUCAACUUCCCGAAGCAUCCUCGGAGGUAACCGGGGUAAUCAGUGAUGGGCAUCGCGGUCUUGAUGACAAUGGAUUGGGCACUGAUCACUCCCAAGAGCAACAAAUUCAGUCAUCGGAGCAGCCUUUAUAUGAGGUCAAGACCCCAGACACAGACGACACUCAGCUUUCAGAGUCGCAGCCUGCACAAGCAGCUGAACUGAAGCCUGUGAAACUCAAUCGGCCUGAACAUGUAGCCGUUAAGGUUGUCGACAUCCCCUCACGCGAUAAAGGCAAGGCGGUUGCUACUGUGCCCGAGAGCCCAAAGAGAUCCAGUUCUAAAUCACGUUCAUCACGCUCCUCCCGCAAUGAACCUCCCCGGACCUUCUUGACUCAACAGCAGCGACCACGAAGAUCGCUAAGGGUUCGUCCCGUGACCGAAAUCUACACCAAAGACCCCAUUUUCGUGCCUGCCGUGAGCCGGCCAAGCGAUGCCAAACCUGCACAACGACCUCAGCCACCUCGUGUUGAAAGCGAACCGGCCAGAGUGCCUGUACGUCCACCACUUGGCCGCCCUUCGUUGGAGACACAAGGUGAAUCUUCGACGUCAGGUUCACAGAUAGGAGUUACUCCUAGACCUCAUUCCUUCCAGGCCGACGGCGAGUCGUCCAGAGCUGCUGCAAAACAUGAUCUCAGGCAUGCGACGAUGGCUGUUGAUGAGGGACUUAGAGAUGCUGCACUUCGAACUCACCCUUCAACUGAAUCGCCCGAAGAAUCAGAAACCCAGAGGCCACCCAGUCCUGGCAUCGUGAUUCCUGAUGCAGACAUGAUUGAUCUACAGCGAUCCCGCACGUUAAGGCGAACACGGAAGAAGUCGAUUCAACGUGCUGAGGAUACUUUGGCAGCAGCUGCAGUCAUUUAUGCCGCCGUUGAGGCGCUGAGUCCUCCUGGUAGCCCAUCACCUUUUGAUCAAAUAAGGGAUAGAAAUCUACCUAAUCUGGAGUAUCAGAUGAAUACGGAACCUAAUGACUACAACUUUCCAGUUGUUUCUACACCACGGGGGAGCUUUGAGGAUGAUGAACUCGAUGAGUUUCACAAGUCUAAUGCUGACUUGUUUGCAGACGACAGGAGCAGAGAAUCUGACUCGUCGCGCAGCGAUAGAGACAGAGACAGACACCGCAGGCGCCGACAAUCGCACCACUCACAGCGUUCUGAUGGUAGCCGCGGUGAAGAAGACCGAGAGCGUAGAUAUCGCACCGAGGACGAAAGGGGGGCUCACCGAUCUCGAGAUGGAGACGAGAGUCGUCGCCGAAGGCAUUCUUAUCGCGACGACGAAUCUCGCCAUCGUCGUCGCCGCGACGAAGAAGAAAUGCCGUCCCGUGACUCACGUGGUGAAGCCGAUGCGAAGUCUAGAAGUUCUCGUGGAUCUGAAGAAUCGAGAACCAAGGGCUAUCGCCGUGACGAAGAUUUGCGACCGCGCGAAUCCCGUAGAGUUGAAGAACCGGCUUCGCGUAGCCUCCCCCAGGAAGACGAGGGUCGGGAACGUAAAAGGCGAUCCUCUGGUACUCAUCAUCGGCGCCACCGCGCUGACACGGCCGAGUCAGGCCCACCCGGCACACCUCCCAGAACACCCAGACGAGAUAGUGGCUUCUCUGCCGACAACAGUUCUGGAAGUUCUGGUCGCAAACGCCGAACAGGAGAUGAACAAGCCGCGCACGAUAGACGCAAAUCAGAAAGACCAGAGCGACGAACGCGGGAGGAACCUGACCGAAGACGUGAACCUUCGCGCUACCGUGAGUCACGACAGGAAGAGAGGGAGAAGGAGAGGGAAAGGGAGAGACGAAGCAAGGGCAAAGAGCCCGAACGUCAGCCCGAACGUCAGCCAGAGGCAGAACCAGAACCACAGCCAGAACCGGAGGUGGAACGUCAUCACCGGUCACGUCGACAAAGCCACUCUGGCAGGUCUCGGCAUGAGGAGCCCAAAGAACGCCUUCGAGAAGAGUCAGUUCCGCCUGAGGCGAAGUUUUCAGCCACUAAGAACUCUGAGGACGUCUUUGAUGACGAUCCACCACCACCUCGCGAGGAGCCUCCAGCCGCAGAGCCAGUCAGAGAACGAACAAGAGAUCUCCCACUGGAGGACUCACCCAGACGGACCUCAACACGACAUAGACGCACCCGUCCUUCCACUGAAGAGCCACGUCCUCGAUCGUCACGCCGUCCACGUGAUGACCCUGCCCCUGAACCCCCGCGAGAUAAAGAUAGAGACAGAGAAAGGGUCAGGGAGAAGGAAAGGACGAGAGACAAAGAGCAAGAACCUCGACCUGUCAAGCACGUCAGAAUGGACACAGAGGAUACGCGCCGCAAAGCGAGACACGAAGAGCGACGCAGGGCACAGGUCAAGGAGGAAGACAGGAAGCCAUCGGGCAUUAAGGGGGCGUUCAAGAAACUUUUCAGCAAGUCUUGA